GGUGAUGGUUGGUGCCGCGGCGCGAUCUCCGCAUCUUGGUGACGGUGUGGCUCCUUCCCCUGAUCCCCUCAUUGAUUCCCGCCCGAAAGUGACCGGCGAGGGGGGAAUGUAAUCCACGUUACACCGCGGAGACUAAACCCGAAGACACCCCGCCGCCGCUAUGGCGGACACCGAGCUGAAAGUUCCAGAGGACAUGUUCAAGGAUGUGAAGUUUUACCCCGUGGGUGAUCUGGAUCCUCAGGUUAUACAGCUGUUGAAAGCUGGAAAAGCAAAAGAAGUGUCCUACAAUGCAUUAGCUACACACAUUAUUGCAGAAGAUGGCGACAAUCCUGAAGUUGGAGAGGCUCGAGAGGUCUUUGAUCUUCCUAUUGUUAAGCCCUCCUGGGUCCUAUUAUCUGUUCGGUGUGGAGCCCGUCUACCUGAGAAUGGGUUUUCUCCAGAAUCGGGACAGAUAUUUUUUGGUGUUACUGCUUGUCUUUCUCAGGUUUCUCCUGAUGAUAGAAAUGCCCUUUGGGCACUGAUCACAUUUCAUGGUGGGGACUGUCAGCUGAGUCUCAAUAAGAAGUGCACUCAUCUAAUUGUUCCAGAGCCAAAAGGGACAAAGUAUGAAUAUGCUUAUCAACGAGAGAACAUUAAAAUAGUUGCACCAGACUGGGUGUUAGACUCAAUAAGAGAGAAGACUAAGAAAGAUGAGGCGCCAUAUCAUCCACGUCUUAUAAUUUAUGAAGAGGAUGAGGAAGAAGAAGAGGAGGAGGAGGAAGAGGAGGAGGAGGAAAGAGACUCCCAAAAUGCAAGUGCCGAUGAUGAUAGAUACUCCUCCAAAUCUAGUCCAGUUACAUCUCGGGAAGGAUCUCCUUUGCCUAAUCAGGAGACUUCACCUAAACGGAGCGCUGCAGCAAAGAUUAAAGAGGAGCUCAUGUUUGAUGACUCCGAUGACUCCUCGCCUGAAAAGCAAGAGAGAAAUUUGAACUGGACCCCCGCAGAGAUCCCGCAGAUGAGCACUGCAAAGAGGAGACUGCCUCAGGGCAAAGACUCCGGGCUGAUUAAUUUAUGUGCAAAUGUUCCUCCUGUGCCAGGGAGUAUUUUGCCCCCUGAAGCCCGAAGUGGUUUACUGUCAUCAGUCCCUGGAACGACAAGUUCAGAAAGGCCAGAUAUUAUGGCAUUUCGGAGCCCUGCUACAAGGACACUUAGGAACAUUACAAACAGUGCUGAUAUACAGCAGAUUAAUAGGCCAUCAAAUGUAGCACAUCUUUUGCAAACACUUUCUGCUUCCACCAAAAACUUAGAACAAGGCAGCCAUCCCCAGCAAGGACAUCCAAACUCAGUGCUGUUCAAUCAGAUGAAAUCCUUAACACCAGAAGCUCAGCAAUUAUUACAACAGCAAUCCCAUCAGACCCAGCAGCAACAGCAGCACCAUCCUCUUGUACAACUUCAGCCUCAACAACUUAUGCAGUUGCAGCAGCAGCAACAACAACAACAACAAAUUACCCACCAAGUGUUUCCACAGCAUCAGUUCUCACAGGUGAACCAGCAGCACCACUUCACUCAGCUGCAAUUCUCACAGCAACAGAUACUUCGUCCACAGCAGCAAACCAUGCAGCACUUUCAACAGCAGCAAGCACUUCAGCAGCAACUGCAGCAGUUGCAGCAGCAGCAGCAUCUUCAGCAACAGACACUGCAGCAGACACUUCAGCAGCAAAAUAUACAGCAAAUCCUUCAGCGACAGCAGACGCCUGCACAACAACAGACACUACAACAGCAACAAACAAUGCAGACAUCUAUACAGCAACAGCAAACACUGCAGCAGAAUAUUCAGCAGCAGCAAACACUUCAGCCAAGUAUACAGCAGCAGGCAAUUCAGCAACAAAAUCCAGCCUUGCAGCAGAACCUUCAACAAAGCAUUCAGCAGCUACAGCAACAGCAGAUACAACAUUUAACGCUGCAGCAGAAGCAGCAACUACAGCAGCAUGCCCUCCAGCAGCCACAAAUUCAGCCUCACGCUCAGUUGCACACACUGCAGCAGCAGCAAAUCCAGACUCAAGCCCUGCAGCAGAAAAUUCAAUCACAGACAAUUCAGCAGCAGAUUCAGCCGACAUCUAUUCAACAGCAACAUCAAAUGCAAGCACAGUCUAUACAGCAGCAACAAAUCCAAGCACAAUCAUUGCAACAGCAGCAAAUACAAACACAACAACAUCAUGUACAACCACAGGCCCUACAGCAGCAACAUCAAGUACAGACACUUCAGCAACACCAAAUACAAACACAUAAUAUCCAGAUUCAACAUCAAAUUCAGAAUCAGACUCACCAACAGCAUCAGAUUCCAUCGCAAAUGUUACAACCGCAGACACUUACUCAACAGCAAUUGCAGCAGCAACAAACUCUUCAGCUGCAACAGCAGCAAAUGAAGCAGCAACAAAUCCAACAACAGACUCUGCUCCAACAACAGCAGAUUCAGCAGCAGCUUCAACAAGCUGGUCUUCAGCAGCAACAAAUGCCGCAGACCCAGCCGUCCCAAAUUCAACAGACAACACUUCAGCAACCACAGGUAACUCUGCAACAGUCCCAGGUUCAACAGACAGCCCUUCCGCAGCCUCCACUCCAAGCCCAACAGGCUCAGCAACAAAAACACAACCUUCAGCAGUUACAGCAACAAAUCCAGCAGCAGCAUCUUCAGCGUUUACAGCAGCGACAGAUGCAAAACCAGACGCAACAGCAACUGGGGCAGAUACAGCAGGUACUGUCUCAAACACCAAAUCAACAGCCACCCCAAUCUCAGCAGCUUCAUGGACAUGACCCGUCACUAGAAAUUCCUGAAGACUACUUUUUGAUGGGAUGUGUGUUUGCCAUUGCUGAUUAUCCAGAACAGAUGUCUGAUAAACAACUUUUGGCAACUUGGAAAAGGAUAAUACAAACGCAUGGUGGUACUGUGGACCCUACGCUCACAAGCCGCUGUACACAUCUUCUGUGUGAGAGCCAAGUCAGUAGCAUGUAUGCCCAGGCAAUGAAGGAAAGAAAGCGAUGCAUCACGGCUCACUGGCUAAAUACAGUUUUGAAGAAGAAAAAAAUGGUGCCUCCUCAUCGAACCUUACAUUUUCCAGUGGCAUUUCCACCAGGAGGGAAGCCAUGUUCUCAGCAUAUAAUUUCUGUAACUGGAUUUGUCGAUAGCGAUAGAGAUGAUCUCAAGCUAAUGGCCUACUUGGCAGGUGCCAAGUACACUGGAUAUCUAUGUCGCAGCAACACUGUUCUCAUCUGUAAAGAGCCCACAGGAAUGAAGUAUGAGAAAGCCAAAGAAUGGAGGAUACCCUGCGUCAAUGCACUAUGGCUUUGUGACAUUCUUCUAGGAAACUUUGAGGCAUUACGACAAAUUCAGAACAGCCGGUAUACAGCAUUUAACCUACAGGAUCCUCUAGCACCUUCAUCACAACUUGUGUCAAAUCUCCUUGAUGCAUGGAGAGUUCCUUUGAAAGUUUCCUCAGAAGUGUUAAUGAGUAUUAGAAUUCCUCUCAAGCCUAAACAGAAUGAACCUGCAGUUCAGCCAAAACGACCCAGAAUUGAGGACCUUCCACCUCCAACUAAAAAACUGUCUCCUGAACAGACGCCUCAUGUAAUGUUCACUGGGUUUGACCCAAGCCAAGUACUGCAGUAUGUGAAGAAACUGUAUAUUCUCGGAGGAGAAGUGGUAGAUUCUGCACAGAAAUGCACACACCUCAUUGCCAGCAAAGUCACAAGGACUGUCAAAUUUCUGACUGCCAUCUCUGUGGCAAAGCAUAUCGUGGCUCCGGAGUGGCUGGAUGAAAGCUUCAAAUGCCAAAAAUUUGUUGAGGAACAGAGCUACAUACUGCGAGAUGCUGAGGCUGAAGUGCUCUUCUGUUUUAGUUUAGAAGAGUCUUUAAAAAGGGCUCGAGUGGCUCCUCUCUUCAAGGGAAAGUAUUUUUAUAUAACUCCUGGAAUAUGCCCCAGUCUGUCAACUAUGAAGGCUAUCGUGGAGUGUGCAGGCGGUAAAAUACUAACAAAACCUCCAUCUUUCCGAAAAAUUAUGGAACAUAAGCAAAACAAAAGUUUAGCGGAGAUCAUAUUGAUAUCAUGUGAAAAUGACCUUCACCUCUGCAGAGAAUAUUUUGCUGGCAGUAUAGAUGUCCAUAACGCAGAAUUUGUCCUCACUGGAGUGCUCACACAGACACUGGAUUACGAGUCAUAUAAAUUCACAUGAAAGCUUAUGAAGUCCCACAGUGAUCCGACAUGUUGGGGAGCAAGGUGUUAUCAGCCAUAAUAAAGUAUACGUGCAGUUUCUUGGGCAUGUUUCCUUGGUGAAUAUUCAUCAGUGAGCAGGGAAGUAAAAUUAUGUGCAUCUUUUCUUGGGAUGUGUAUUUUGUUAAAAAGUUAACAUAAAUAAUUAUGUUUGUAUCAUAGUGUGGUUUUAAGAGCCCUCGAGAUGUUAAAUACAUUUUUUUUUUGUUUUUUUAUGUAAAUAAUGAAGGUACUUUUUUUGUGAAAAAAGGGCUAAAUGUUUGUUAAAUAUUUGAAUGGAAGAAAAUAAACAUUUUGUAUUAUUUUAUAUUUCUAAAUUCAGAGUCCAUUUUAUAUUGAUAUU